UAGCGGUAGCAGGAACAUUUACACUGGAGUUGUGGUACCUGUACUCUUGUGUGCUUCUUGACCGGUUAGACAGCCACUUACCUGUCGACCACCAAGGCAAGGUGAGGAUGUCUGGUUUCUGGUUUGAUGUUUUUGGCAAGAUCUCCACCCAGGCAGGCAGCUUUGGAGGUGCACUGAAUGGAUCUUGUGUCUGAGACCUCCAGGCAUCGGUUGGACGGACCCAAUAAGCGCUAGCUAGGUUCAGCAAAUGACCCUCGCCCAAGAGUACUCAAAACUCAAGCAGCCAAUGCAUCCUUUGAGAAUAACGCACCAAGGGACUUCCACUGCUGAGGAGCGACUACGGCAAACUAGGUCUUGCCCCUGUGCCUCUGGCUGGUACCUUUAGUGCCGCCCCACUCUGUCGCAGACUAUGCAUAGUUUUAUCGUCACAACGAGGGCAGCACUUGACCCAUGGUGCCAACAAGACUUUUAAACUUAGAGAGGACACAUCCUUCCUGACCCAGAUGGACUGCUAUCAUGAUAAGGAACUGCUGAGAAGGAGCAGUAGAUCUACAUGUACAUGUGGGUCAAGUGGGAAAGAAACUUGAGUUUUGAUCCAAAGGGCGAGGUCAACUUUCCAAUUAUUGUCCCUCUCUUAUGAACGAGUUUUGAGUUAUGUAACCUCUGAAGUCGUUAUGUACUAGUGUUCCAAAGAACAAGUUGGGGGCACAGCUGAUAAAUCAAUAGAUUCGCGCGACAAAGGAAAUCCCUACCGGUACACAAGUGAGGCAAGAAGACAAAAAGGUUCCUUUUGAGAUUUCAGCCCAUCAUCCCAUGUGUUCUCACUAUCGCAACACACUGUUGUUUUUGGCGAGCUGAGAACUUGCCUAUCCAAAAGCCCAUUGAGGACCUGCUGUGGUACGGGUACGAUGCAGUAUUUCCCUCUGUCGUUGCUGCUGUUGGCUUCCACAUGCUUGACGGCUGUGGAUGCCCAACGAGACAAACAAACUUGCUAUGAAAAGUACAUGGAAGUGAUCUCCUGCAAUUUCACAGAGGCAGACAAUCCAGCAUCGCUGCUAGAUGUCGAUGAUGAUGAAAUCAACUACAGCCAGGCUGAAGAUAUUCUGUGGCUGGAGGAAACAUGCCGACUGAUUGAGGAAGUUGUCUUCAAGAACGAGCUUAUUGUGGAACCUGAACAGCAGAUUGAGUACUUGAACGGGCUCCCUGCUGUUGAUGAAUUAUGCACGGAUAUCCCAGUGGCGUUUCAUCACUGUCGAUUCUGCAAUGAUACAACAUUUCUCCAGUGUCACAAUGAUUUUAUUGAUGACAGCAUUUGCACAAAAGAAAUUAGUGCUCAAGAAGUCCUACGAGACAACGAAACGUACUGGCAAUUCCAAACCAAAGAAGAUAUUGAACUAGCAUGCGAAGAGCUGAGCCAAGUUCCGGAACACAAUGACACCGCCCUUGGUUUUUCGGGACCGAGAACUAUGGAAUUGUGUGAGAAACAGGGUCUAGUAAAGCACCUCUGCAAAGAAUGCAAAAACGAUGCGCUCUGCUUCGAUCCUUUUGAGUACCCUACCCAAUGUGCCGCCAUUGCAACUUACAACAAUGAGAGUGCCAAGAAAUUUGGCAGCAACUGUUCACUGAUGCUAGACAUUCUCUCUGCAUUCAUCCCAGAAAAGGAGACUCUGCUCAACACAUCAACACAUCUAGAGAAGCUUGCGAUUUUGGAUGGGGACCACGAGUGGUGUCCAGACUUUCGAGAAGCCUAUUCUUACUGCCCUUGGUGUACUGGAGAUUUUUGUUUUGAUGAUGCCCAUCCACCAUCCUGUGAGAAGGUUGAUGACAGUGAUAUUGAUGACGAGUUUGCCGAAAAGGUCUGCACCUAUCUCUUCGAAAAACUACAACUCGGAACCCAGCACGCCAAAGGCAAAAUGUGGGACUUUAACGACUUGUACAAUUCAACCGCCCACGCAAAUCUCAUCUUGAUCCCCAACAAUACUGAACGAUGUGAUCAGGCCCGCAAGUACUAUCACAAGUGUUCCUGGUGUGACGAGCAAGCUAAGAAUCUGAGCUGUGGUGUGCUAGAUCCAUGCACGAGCAACAUCACCAUGCCUGAUCACCUCAUUCCCGACUCGAUUAUUAAAAUCAAUACCACAUCUGGAAACAACCUUACUGGUUCACCCGAAGACCACUGUGACUAUCUUCUCCAGCAGCUAAACCUUACCCAGAGAGAUGACACUGCCAGGGCAGGCUCACUUGGAACCUGCAUGGAAGAUUUUUACUUGGCCAGACAGUGUCCUCAGCAGUACUGCCCGGAUACAAACAUCACAGAGGCUGAUACUGUCGACAAAACCUAUCUUGGUGCCACAGGGGAUUCAAAGGAAAAAGCCCUGAUCUGGACAUCGCGUGUUGCUGCACUGCUUUCAUUCCUUGGAGCAUCCUACAUUCUGUAUGACACUCUGUCUGACAAGAAAGCAAGAAAAACAACCUACUACCAACUCCUGGUCGGAAUGGCCACAUUUGAUAUUGUCACUGCCAUCGCCUGGAGUUUCGCCACUUUGCCAAUUGACACGGACAAAGCAGAACAUGUGGAGGGUGCCAUGGGAAAUGCAGCUACCUGCAAGACCCAGGCAUUCUUUAUCCAGCUGGGGUUCACAUCUGUGUUCUUCAAUGUGUCACUUGCAAUCUACUAUGUUCUGGUGGUCGCCCAUGGCUGGAAGGAAUUCCAACUACAGAAGAUCCGUCUUUAUCUCCUGGCUGGUCCUGUGGCGGUUGGGUUGGGCCUUGCAUUUGGGGCACUCCCAAUCUACCACUGGUUGGAGUAUGGCUGCCACAUUGAGACCCCACCAGAGGGAGAACUUUGGGCUGUACUAGUCUUUGUUGUCUUGCCAUUGGGCCUUUCCAUUCUAGCAAUCACCGCUUCCAUGAUGACAGUAUACUGCAAAGUGAGGAAGCAAUCUGCAGCUGCCAGAAAGUGGACCAUGGGAGUCAGCAAGGCUAGCAAGCUGGAACAAGCAGUGUUUUGGCAAUGUCUCUUUUAUGUCAUGGCCUUCUAUAUCACUUGGCCCAUUUUGUUCAGCGUAUAUCUUGCAUCCUUGGAUGACAAGGUUAGGAUCUUUGGACUCUCAAUGCUAGUUGCUUUUGUGGCGCCACUACAAGGGUUCAACAACUUCUUGGUCUACAUCCGCCCGAAACUGGCGCAGAGGGCACCAUCUGACUUGGCCACAGCAAUAAACUGCACAACAUAUUGUGUGAGAGCCGUGCUUGCUCAAAUUCUCUUUGUGUCUUCUUUUGAAAGUGGACAGGAUGAGAAUGGGCUGGAUCCCUCUGCCGCCGUAGCACAGAGGAACGUUCAAACGCAAUCAACAGUACCUGCUUCCUCCAGGUUUUCUCACCAUGGAGAGGACUACACGGACAACGAGGGUGAACCCAAACGCUUGGCGGACAGUCCCGAUGAUUUUGUCCCCUUGGACAAGGUUGAUGAACCUACUGAAGUGCCACAUGAGGUUGUAGGAGAUGAGUCCAUGAUAGACACAACACAGAACGUGACGCUCGAGGAGAGCUUCAGCAAGGAAGAGGGUGAUAGCAACCAAGCAGAAGAAGUUAGUCAUGCAUCAGCCUAAGACAAAUAGGAAUCGAAUCGAACGCUUUGGCACCAACCAUAUAGACUUCGCAAGAGCAAUGCUACCAAGUCAUGACGUUGAAGGAUUGUACGUUUGCCAAAAUAAUUGCUAAUUGCAUACUGCCACAGUUU